ACAUACUCUUAUAUAUAAAUAUAAGUAUUUUAAAAGGAAAGGCUUGGUAGAAAAUGAGAGAUAGAAUGGAGAGACUUGUGGUGCUUCCUUUCUCCGUUGGAUGUAUCUCCGACUCAAGUGUUGCCGUUUUAUCUCCUCUCUCAAAGCCUCAUCAUCAUCACUCUCGUCAAGAGAGUCGUGAUCAAGAGGAGGAAGAUAACAUGAAGAGUGUAUUCAAGUUCCUUGCGCUUUCUAAACCCGAGAUUUCUACCGGUAUUAACCGGCUUUUCAAGAGCUUCAAGACCAUUUCUCAACUCUUUGCUGACAAAGAAGAAGAGAACGAAGAAGUCGAGACAUCAGGAAUGGAGAUAGGAGUUCCAACAAACGUAAAACAUGUAUCACACAUCGGAUGGGAAAGCGGUUUAACCGCGGCUACAGGUCCAGGUAAAGGAUGGGAAGAUCUCAUACCACCGGAGUUGCUUGCAGCCGCUUCUACAAAAAAAGAUGUUAAUCCUCAUCUUCAUCCAACUUUGUAACUCACUCCCUCUAUUUAAAUUUUAUUUGCUGUUUUGUUUACGAUUCUAGACAUAUUUUGAUACAUAUGGUGAAAUUUUAUCUAUGAUAUAUAAUGUAUGAUGAUAUCAUAUGCCGUGUA